GCUGAAAAGUGUAGUAGAAAGUUAAUUGAAAUAAAAAUAAAAUAGUACAUCUACACGCACGUGCUCAAUUGGUUCUCGUAGAUUUCGAGUUUGAAUAUCGUGCAUAUAUUUCAUUUAUUCGACACAUAUAUCUAAGUGAACAAGAAGCCAGAACGAAUUCCACAAUUAAAUUCACGUCAGCAGACAACUAUGAGGGAAAGAGGAAUGACGAUACGCAAGUAUGGGGUUUUCGUGGCAUUAUCGUUCCUCGUAUUACUCAUCUUUUCAUCAAGUGAAGCAGUUGCUGAUACUGAUAAAUUUUUAGUACAGCGAAGUCGUGAAGAGCAAAUCCAGCUUUGGGAGUCCAAACUGAUAAAAUUGCGUCAGAAUGAGUUAAAUGAUGCACUUACUAGGUUGCAUCGUGCAAAUGCUGACCUGGAAGCCGCUAAAAAACGACAAGGCUUUUUUUACACUUCUCCAGAGUUACGUGCUACUAUUCGUUCUCUUGACGAAGAUGUCUCAAAAAGUCUUAUCGAGGUCAAGAACAUCAAGGAUCGCGAAAAGCUGAUGCUGAGCAAGCUAAAACCUUUAUACGGUGUGCUUUCCACUCAAUUUGUGCAGGAGCAGAAGGAAUCGAUUGCCCAUGCCAUCUCAACCGUUCAGAAAAUUAGCUAUGACAACGCUUGGUACAGUUCCCUAUUCCGUGUAGGUGAGGCUGAGUCACUAACGGAUCUCAUUUUAGGCUUCUUACUCGAGUGGUUGAUGGGAUACAUUAUUUUAUACCCUUUCGCUGCGCUAUACUACGCUCUGUGGGUGGCUCCGUGGAGCGUAUAUGCGUACUGUUCCGGCUUCUCAGGCAUUGUGCCUGCUUUAGUGGCAUACCUCAUCUCGGUCAUUAUCAUGUUUUCCCCACUUUUCAUAUUGAUCGGUGGGGUUUAUCUGAUAUAUAAUAAGCAUUUUAGAGGUAUAUCCAAUUUGUCGAGACGAGCUAGGUAUCGCAAUUUAUUUCAUGAAGACUAG